AUGGAGACCAUCGACGUCCACUCAAAGUCAUUUGUCGUCAAGUGGAUCCAUGUUCCUGACAACUCAACGGUCAUAUUCCAGUUGAAACCCAUCAAGAGAUCCAUCAGCUUCAGCGUCUACAGAUCAUUGACCUCAGAGUCCUACUCAGCUUCAAACUCUCCUGCUCUGAGACCACAGGGUGAUGUCUCGGAGAGCAAUAACAGCUCAUCCACUUCAUUGGGUCGUAAAAGAUCAAAUUCCACUCUGUCAUUGGAAGACAAAUUGAAGCAAUCAGCUUUGGCAAAAGUCCAUGCUUUCGGUACUUUGAAUGGAAACCAAUUGUUCAAAAGUGAAUUCAAAGUGGAAAAGGGCGGUGUCUUUGCUUUUAUUUUUGACAACACAUUUUCUAAAAGUUAUUCCAAAAAAGUAUUGUUCAACAAGUUCUUUUUGGAUUCCAAUGAAAAUACCACCAGACCACAAUUAUCCUCUUCAUCUUCAUCUUUAAAUUUACCAUCUCAUGGUCAAAUUCAUCCAAAUAAAGGUCAAUAUCUUCAAGGGUUUCUUUUAAAGAAGAAAAGAAAGAAGUUACAAGGGUUCACCAAAAGAUUUUUUAUAUUGAACUUCAAGUAUAACACUUUAAGCUAUUACAUGAAUGAAAACAGUUUGAAAACCAGGGGUGAAAUGCCGGUCAAUUUAGCCACCAUAUCUGCUUUCAAAGAUGAAAACACAUUUAUAAUAGAUUCUGGUAUGGAAAUUUGGACUUUGAAGACCUUGAACAAAGAAGAUUGGGAUAAUUGGAUCAAUGCAUUGAACUUCAUCAAGUUUAAUAGUACCAACAGCACAGAUGAACAGUUGAAUUCAAUAAACUCAAAGAUCGACCAACUAAGCAAACGUUUCCAAUCAUUAGAGUCUAAUUUGGACCAACAAUCAUUAUCGGAUACAAAAGAUCAGUUGAAGGAUCUUUCAUUAUAUGUGAAAACGUUAUUGACAAACCAAUCCAAACAUGCUGAGAAAUCUUCCACAACAAGAGCUGGUUAUAUAUCACCAACUGCAACAUCUAUAUUCAGUCAAGAGUUUUUCGAUGCACUAGAACCUUAUGAUGAAAUUGAUAAUAUAACGGGAGCUACUGGUGGGAAUGAUGAUUAUGAUGAGGAAUCAUCAAUCGAUAAUCAUGUUUUACUACUACCCACAGCUAAACAAGGAAAUAGAUCAGCAAGCUACCAAGUUGAUUUAUCUUCAUCAUCAUCCUCUGAUGUUUCAAUUGAUGGCGGAUUACCAACAAAAAGAGUGGACACCUUAGAACUUGACAAUGACCUUUCACCAUUACCUUUGAACCCAGUGAAGAGAAGAAAUGAUAUCAAAUUAGCAACAUCAACCCCACCAAGUCUUUUGUCAUUCUUGAGAAAGAACGUUGGUAAAGAUUUGUCUACAAUUUCAAUGCCGGUAACAUCAAAUGAGCCAAUAACUAUUCUACAAAAAAUUUCAGAAACGUUUGAAUAUUCAAAUUUAUUAAAUGAAGCUGUAAAUGAGACCAACAAUGACAUUAAAAUCCUUAAAAUUGCAUCUUUUGCAAUUUCAAAUCUAGGUGCAAUGAGACCUAAAGAAAGGAACCUGAGAAAACCAUUUAAUCCAAUAUUAGGUGAAACUUUUGAAUUGGUGAAAGAAGAUAUGGGAUAUAGAUUUAUUGCUGAAAAGAUUCAUCACAAACCUCAAAUUUUUGCUGUUCAUUGUGAAUCCAAAGACUGGGAAAUUUCAUUUUGUUUGAAUCCUGAACAAAAAUUUUGGGGUAAAUCAGUUGAAUUGAUUAAUAAAGGUGUUGUGACAUUGUCUUUUAAAACUACAGGCGAGGUUUAUAAAUGGCAACAACCUACAACGUUAUUGAAAAACAUUAUUGCUGGGGAUAGAUAUACAGAGCCUGCUAAUUCAAUUUCAAUUUCAAGUUCAAUUGGUUUGAAGAGUGUUAUUGAGUUUAAGAAACCAAGCGGAGGGUUUUUUUCAGGAAGUAAAUCUGAAGAAGUUUUAAUAAAAGUAUUUGGUGAAAAAGGUCAUGCUCAUGAUUUGUUUGUGAAUGGUAAAUGGACUUCUGAGUUAUCAAUUCAAAGCUCAAAAGACCAGGAUAUGAAUGUUAAAAUUUGGGAAGUUUCACCAUUAUUGAAAGGCUUUGAACAAAAAUAUGGGUUUGGUCCUUUCACUGCCAAUUUAAGUGAAAUAACAGAUAUAGAGAAAGGCUUCAUUCCUUUUACAGACUCAAGAUUUAGACCCGAUGUUCAAGCUUAUGAGAAUGGCGACAUUAAAAAGGCAGAAUCGUUAAAACUAGAAGUUGAGCAAAUGCAACGUGAUAGAAGAAAAGUUUUAAGUGAUGCCAAUCAAGUACAUAAACCUUCCUUCUUUUUGAAGGCUGGAGAAGAAGAAAUGGAUUAUGAAGUUAUUAGAGGAGAGGACAGUUACUGGAAUAGAAGGAAGCAACAAAACUGGGAAGGUUUAACCCAACUAUGGUAA